AAAAAAAUAACAAAAAAUUGUUUGUAAAUAAGAAAUAUUACAAUACAUUUGUAAUAAUUUUAUUGAUUGGAGAAAUUUAGAAGAAAAGCAACUGCGUUUACGAACGAUGCCUGUUUAUUAUAAAUGGACAUCUGUACCAAAACAGAAAGAGAGGCAUGACUAUCCCAGUUUGGAUAUCAGCAACCAUCCAUUGAAAGUUGAAGUUCUUAAUAUGAAACUCGGUGCUAAUAAAAGUUUUAUAGAAAGUCUUCAGAAAUGGAGUUCUCCAUUUGAGGAAUUAGAUCCAUUGCUUAGAUUUGAACAAUUGAAUGUGGAAAAUGAUAUAGGUCCAGUCGAAAACAAUGAGAAUACAAUCAAUUAUCCCAAAGUUUGGAAUGCAAAACGCACUGGAAUAUUAAACAAAUAUACUACAGGAGAAAAAUUGACCAUUGUCAGUAGCUUUUUACCUGGAGGCGAGAAAACUCUUUUGAGACAGGUAUCAAAUUUAAACGAGAAAGUUAAACAUAGACUGGAACAGCUUGAUGAUUUUGAUGAAUCAUCUGUUAGAAAGACAAUGGGGCUAAGUCAGCAGGAAUUUGUCACAAAAAUUCAUAUGCUUGAUGAUGAGAUUAAAAAGGCUUGGGAUACUGAACAACGAGUUAAAGCUUUUAAAAUUGCAAUACAGUGCUCAAAGCUGCUAUCUGAUAUCAAUGUAAUGCAAUUUUAUCCAAGCAAAUUUGUCCUAAUAAGUGAUGUACUCAGGAAUUUUGGCGCUUUGGUGUAUGAUCGCCUUAAAAAAAAGAGCUUUGGGAACGCGGACAUAAAACUCCAAGACAUAGAUUCCAGUACUGUCCCAGAGUCAGCCAGAGAAACUUGCCAAAAUUGGAUGUUCAAAAUGGCUUCCAUUAGGGAGCUCCUGCCUCGGUUAUACAUGGAAAUGUCUUUACUCAAGUGCUAUGCAUUUAUUUCUAAGAGCGAAAUAAAACCUACAAUUGAAAGACUAACAAGAAUGAUAAGAGGUAUCGGAAACCCGCUUGUCGCGAUAUACGUAAGGGUAUAUUUGUGUAACGUGGCCUCUAAUCUCUUUGGAAAAGAGAGUGAAUGUUAUUUCAAUGAUAAUUUAAAAGAAUUCCUAGAAGAAUACCAGCAGAUUUUUUCUCAAAACAUGGCAAAAAAGUUUGGAACUCAGUUGCUGACAGCUGAUCAAUAUCUCAGUCUUUAUAUACCUGCUAUAGACUGGCUUCUCUAUGGAACAUUGAAUUAUACGGAAUGUAAACACACUCUUUUGGAAGACAUGCUACAAAAGUGCGAAACUACGGAAAAUAGUGAGUUGCUGCUCUGCUGCUGUGUGUGUGCUUUUGAUUCUACAAAUGUAAUAAAAAAAUCGACAGCUCUGUUGGAAAUCAUACGCAAUCAGUCUGAUCAUAUGGUCUUGCUGAGCCAAGUGUUAGCAUCCGUCGGAGAACAUCUUUGCCACGCGGAAAAUUAUUGUCAAUUGCCCUCAGAAGCUUUAAGCCAAAUAUCAUGGAAAAUUGCAACCAAUAUGAAGUCAACAGCCAGUUUUCUCCAAGUGCUGGAGCCCUGGUUACAAUUUGCCUGCACUCAGUUAUCGACACAGCACAUCAAUAUGAUACUACGCGGAACAAUACGGUAUAUGAUCAAAUGCGGCAAGCCGGCUGAGGAUUACUGUUUGCAAAUACAUUCAGUUAUUAAAAGGAUGCUGAAGUCGAUACCUGAUGUUGAAGAAGUGUUUCUUAUGGAUGCUUUUAUGCCUCUGGUGGAAUUAGUGCAGUCUUCUAAUGCCCGUACUAUAAUGGCUAAAACGGUGCUCACGAUAUUUUUUGAAAGAUACAACUCAGUUCAAAUAGAGGAUCACAUUGUUAUUUCAAGCCUGAUGAGACUGUGUUGUAUACUACAUGAUUCUAUUAACGCGGUGACUGUGGAGGAUGAGAAUAAAGCUUGUGCAGAACUAAUUAACAAAUUCAUACACGCUGUCUCCUACCAAGACGAUUUGGAGCAACAGUUGAACUUUUAUGUUGAGUGUCGAUCUGCUUUUAUUAAACUCGAUGCUGUACUUAUUGCGCUGGUACACGCGGUGAACGCACUGGCGGCCCGCGCGGAUAUGUCUCAGGGCCGUUGGUUGCAGCGCGCCUGCGCCGCGUAUUGCUUCGUGACUGUGCCGUCCCUGCAGUGCCCGCUAACUAAAGCGCAGUUGUACCUGCUGGGCGGACAGGUGGCUUUGCUCAAUUGCUGCAUCGGGCAAGCUGAAACAAAUUUAAAAACACUAGUUGGUUUGAUACCUGAAAUACCACAAUUCGUUCAAGAGGAUGGCCAAAACAAACCAACUCACGAUAAAGUUGUCGGCCUACUAAGUAAUUUUCUUUCAACUCUCCUAAUAUUGCCGGACAAUAUGGAUAGCAACAGCAAGGCUUACAUUCUGAGCGGAUUUAUAAAAACUAUGGAAAGAAUACAUUGGAGGAAAACUGACCCGUUGUAUUAUACUUUACUUCUUAGAACUCUGGAUCUACUGUGUCAAAUGACACAGGAAACAUAUGCUUAUCACAUAGAUGGUGUUCUGUCGAAUGACGAGUUAUAUGGUUCUGAAGAGGAGUUCAUAGAGACUAUUGAGAACCACGCCACAAAUAUAUGCCAAGAGUUGUUAGUAGUUUUGAAAAGCCUCGGAGACGCCAAAGAAACAAAAAAACAAUACAACUUGGCUUUGGAAUUGUUUUGGCGCAUUGUGAGACGAGGGAAACUACAGGAAACUUCCAUGACGAGUCUCGCGACUAAUCUAUGGGCGCUGGCACAAAAAAUCCAGGACUCUAACAAUAAGUUUGCAAGGGCAUUAUUAUCAGUAUUGGAAAAAGACCAGAGUGCGGCGUGUCGUCGAUUACUGGAUAAAAUUAAUUUAUGUUGAUAAUCUACUUAUGUAAUAGCUAUUUAUUGUUAUUAUUUGUACAUUCCAUAUGUCAUCUAUGUAAUUAUUAAGAAUUUUCUAUAAAUACAGAUUUCAAUAGAA